AUGGCUUCUUCCGUUGUUGAUCCCUCUCCUGCUGACCCGGCGCAGGAACCCGUUCCCUCAAGAGACAAGUACAAGCAGGCGGCGCGAUCUAUCAUCCUAGCACUUGAGUCUCGGUCUAAGCCUGCCUAUACGCACACCGAGCUCGCUCAAUUUCGAGUCUCCGUUCGCUCAUUCGAUCCAGAGGUUCCAAAAUUCACCGAUUCCGAAACUUGUCUCUUCCUACCUCUCACCCAGGAGCAGAUUAACGAAUACAAACUCGAUAAAAAGGUGCUUACCAAGGACGAGGAUCGCUAUCUCCACAGAUUCGAGGACACUUUUGAUGAAUUCCCGCAAACUUACCCGGUCCGGCAGGAUUGCCGGAUGUGGGACAGAGCUCGUCAAAUCCAAUUCUCUCUUGAAAUCUUCGAAUCAUGCUUUAAGAAUGCAGUGGAUGAGGACACUAUUUCAAUAGAAGAAGCCUCAUACUGGGCUAAUAUCAGGGCUGAGGACUCUUUCUACCAAGGUCCACAAGGAAUGAGAUUGGGUCUUAAACUCGGACAUUCGAUGCCUGCAGCCCUUCCAAGAUGGUACACGGUUUCUACCUGCCAAUGGCUCGACGAAAAUCUAAAGACCAGUCGCCCUCACAUCAAGCUUGUGACCCUCACUGGCGCAGAGGCGAAAGAAAACGAACUACUCCAUGGCGAGCUAGGGCCUAUUGCAAAUGUACUUAUGCUUUCUUUCUUUGGGCCGAGGCAUGGUCGCAUCCUGCAGGCUAAACUUGACAAUUCUGGCACUCUAAAAGACUGGUCCUCCCCGAUUUACAAUUUCGUGCACAGCAAUGAAAAGAUCAAACAUUUCGUCCGUUACAACAAUUGCAAACCCCAAGAUGGUAAAGAGUUUGAGCCAUCUCCUCAUGUUCAGUAUCAAGCUUCGCUCCUCAAAAAAGGAUUUCAGCUACUAGAUAAAAAAGAACUCCCUAUUCGAGUUUGA